GCCCCCGCCUCUCCAGCGCGUCGCAUCGCUGAGCGGUGUUCAGCACGGAGAGGCAGCACUGCACGAUCCAGCGCACAGUUUACCUGGACCCGCUGAGGUAAUUAUAUUCUCCCCUUUUCGGGUGAAAAAAGUGCGGACCGACGAAGAAACCUGACCUCACCAUGCCAGGUAGAGAGUGAAAAGAGCUUUGGAUCGUUGGGGUCAGGGGAGUAAUACUGCGGGUGAGCUUGGGGUGGCCUCUCCAUCGCAACACCUUUCGGGCUCGGAGCGCGCUCGGACGCACGUAUGAUGAUGGACGGAUGGCCGCUGCUGCUGCUGCUGGCUCUCCUCGCCAUUGCGGGAGGCGGCCUCGGGGCAGACACAGAGGAGCGGUUGGUGGAGCAUCUCUUGAACCCUGCCCACUACAACAAGCUGAUCCGUCCUGCGACAAAUGGCUCCGAGCUGGUUACCGUGCAGCUGAUGGUGUCGUUGGCCCAGCUCAUCAGCGUGCAUGAAAGAGAACAGGUUAUGACCACCAAUGUCUGGCUAACACAGGAGUGGCAGGACUAUCGUCUGACUUGGGUCCCUGAGGAGUUUGAUGGGAUGUUGAAGGUCAGGCUACCCUCAAAACACAUCUGGCUGCCUGACGUGGUGCUCUACAACAAUGCUGAUGGGGUGUACGAGGUGUCAUUCUACUCUAACGCGGUGGUCUCCUACGACGGCAGUAUCUUUUGGUUGCCCCCAGCCAUCUACAAGUCAGCCUGUAAGAUCGAAGUCAAGCACUUCCCCUUUGACCAGCAGAACUGCACGCUGCGCUUCCGCUCCUGGACCUACGACCGCACCGAGAUUGAUCUGGUGCUCCGCGCUGACGUGGCCAGCAUGGACGACUUCACGCCCAGCGGUGAGUGGGACAUCAUCGCCCUGCCAGGCAGACGAAACGAGAACCCAGCUGACCCCACCUACGUGGACAUCACCUACGACUUUAUCAUUCGCAGGAAGCCUCUUUUUUACACCAUCAACCUCAUCAUCCCGUGUGUUCUCAUCACCUCGCUGGCAAUCCUGGUUUUCUACCUACCCUCUGACUGUGGAGAGAAGAUGACGCUCUGCAUCUCCGUGCUGCUGGCUCUCACUGUGUUCCUGCUGCUGAUCUCAAAGAUCGUCCCGCCCACUUCACUAGAUGUCCCUCUCGUAGGGAAGUACCUGAUGUUCACCAUGGUCCUGGUCACUUUCUCUAUCGUCACCAGUGUGUGUGUGCUGAAUGUACACCACCGCUCGCCCACCACACACACCAUGCCCCCAUGGGUUAAACUGGUGUUUCUCAACAAGCUUCCUGCCUUGCUCUUCAUGCGCCAGCCCAGGAACAGCUGCGAGCGCCAGCGGCUGCGCCAAAGAAGGAGGGCCCAGGAGCAGAAGGAGGGUGGGCGCAGUGGGGAGGCAGGGGCCUUGAUGGUGGGGCUCGGGCUGGGCAGCGCUGGCGGGAACGGAGGGGGAACCUCCACAGGGGUGUUCAGCAAGGAAGACAAUGACCCUUGUACCUGCUAUGUGAACCGGGCGUCUGUUAAACAGUUUGGAGGGGAUCUGGGAGGUGCAGGAGGGGGAUCCAUGGAUGGUCUAAACAGGGUGAGGGAGAGCCGGGAAGGGGGCUCUGGAAACCUGCCUCGGGGAAAGCAAGCAGCAGGAGGUCCUGCUCUGACUCAGGCCCUGCUGGCUCAAGCCUGUCCGGGCUUUGAGGAGGCUGUGGAAGGAGUACGCUUCAUCGCUAACCACAUGAAGAGUGAGGAUGAUGAUCAAAGUGUGAGCGAGGACUGGAAGUACGUUGCCAUGGUGAUCGACCGCCUCUUCCUGUGGAUCUUUGUGUUUGUGUGCGUGUCCGGCACAUUAGGCAUGUUCAUGCAGCCACUUUUCCAGAAUUACACAGUCAAGACCAUCACCAGCUCGCCAGGCUGACCAUUGCCAGGCCCAGAACACGCUGACCUGACAGCUCCCCCAACCAAUCAGCACAGCAGGACAAGAGCCAGAGGUGGGGGGGGGGGCAGGUCUGGGAUGUAUUGUGUCUACUGAACUGGAAACCAAAACUGGAACUGAACAGCAAUCACGCCCAUUACCUUUAUAGUAACAUUUUUUGCAACGAACAACUGUUUUUCUUGAAUGAAGAAACAGGUAAACACCAUCAUACUAUUACAGUAUCUGCAGAUUUUUGUCCAGAUGUUUAAUGGACUGACCUCCCCUUUCUGGUGGAAAGGUCCCUCCCUGCGCUCCUCUUCAGCCAGUCAGGGAGCGAGGAUGCUUUGAUUCCUUGUUGAACCUUACGCCAGCCUAUCAACACUUUGCUCCGCACUAUCGAUGCUGACUGCGUAAUUGACCCAUGACUUGCCCGCCUUCAACUAUGACAUUACUCAUCCUUAAUAUUGACUGAUGUCAGAGGGAGCUAAUCAGAAAGGGAAGGGAGGUUCAUAUCAAAGUUCUUAUACAUUUAUUUUAUUUACGCCAGUGAAAUGAUUUAGUAUAUUUUAUCAUAGCAUAGCGGCUUACCACCAUAUAGCAUUAGGAAUAUAUUACUAAGAUUUCUCUAUGUGUUAGCUCAUGCGAGGUUCUGUUCCUGAUAGAGAGGUUAUGGUAUGUUGUAUGAUUGUAUAGAUUAAACAAGAAUGUGAUAUAAACUGUACUACACAGCCUGUGAUGCACACACUAACACAAUAUGUGUACAAGCAACAGAUUGUGAAGGAAAAUACAUGGAGCGGGAAGAAAAAGCCAGGUUGCAUUAUUUUGAUAAAAGGGAUAAAGUAAUAGAUGCAUGAACAGGGUUUUGCUUUGAGAGUUGUGCACAUUAAAUCGAGGACAGCAGCAGCCCGGUGUGCCAGAGGGCCCAGCUGCAGUGACAGGAGUUCAGCUCCAGAGAAACUGAGGAAUCUGAGCCAAGAUGGUGGAUAGGACCUCCUAUAUGAUGGACAGUAGAACAUGAUUUCCCCAAGAUGGAGUAUCUAGAGCUCAGUUGAAAUGUAGCAAAGAUCAGUAUUAGAAAAAGUAACAUGUAAAUCAAAUUAUAUUGAUGAUGGGAAGGGAACUCUAUCAUGGAAACUAAGAUAUUAUGUGUAUUUAUAUGUAAUUUCAUAUUUCAGUAUGUAAUGUUCAAAGCAUACGUGUGUGUGUGUGUGUGUGUGUGUGUGUGUUUCUGCAAGUAUGGAAUGUGCGCCCCACACCCCAAUGCAUUGUCACGUGUCAGAUACAAUAUUAAGAAGAGCAUACAUGUGUGUCUCCUCCUCCCUUCUAUUAAUCUCUGGCAACCUCUCUCCAGUUCUCUCUCCUUUAUCUGGUCUUCCAUGAACAAACACAUUUCUGACAUACUGAAUCCAUUCUCAUAAUUUCUCAUUUAUCGCAGCAGUUUUCUUUUUUAUCAUGGACUGGCUGAUUUGUCCACAAUCUUCCCAGGUUCCCUGACAGCUAAGUGAGAAGCAAAAGGCACGCAGGAAGUGGUGGGUGAAUUUUCAGUCAACAAGAGAGAAACAACAAGAGGGCCAACACAGUAGCAGUCGCACCAGGCAAUAAGUCACAGAUGCAAAAACAGAAUAGAAAAGAUAGGUAAUAGUGCAAAUGUUAUUGACUUUAUAAUGAUGUUGGAGACUGAAUAAAAAAUUGAUAAUCUGACCACAGCAAGCACAAUCCAGAUAGUGAGGAGGAAUAAAGCAGAAUAGGCUGAGACAAAAGGCUGUUAGUGUCGUUUCUCCAUCGGAAAGCCAAUUUAAACUCUGAAAAACUGUUUAAUCCUCAGUCACUGUUGUUCGCUGUGGUUUUGCCCAGCUUUUCUUUGGCCAAGUCUCAGCUCAGCUCAGUUCUGGAUUGGGAGCUGUCUCUCGAGGAUGGGAUUACCCCGGGAUCCCAACAGAUCUCGGACAAGUGUGAAAAGCCUAUCAGAGACCUGUGAAAACUGUAGUCUGCAGGGCUCCACACAGACAAAGUGCUGCUGUCCACUCUUUUUCUCUAUCUUUGACCUUUCCCUUAUCCUUCCUUUUUUCUCACUUCCUCUCUAAUCAGGCUCCUCCCAUCUUUCACCAUUCUCCUUCCCGACUCUCAAAUCUGCUCCUGUGCACACCUUAACCAGUCCAAUAAAGGUUGUAGGUUCAGAUUAAUCAAA